AUUAUGUCUGAUGGAGGUCACUUCAAGUCUGAGGAGCGUGGCGAAUGCCUCCGUCAUUUCCGCUUCUUUCCAUUGCGUCAGUUCCUGUGGGAGCCGGGUGACGGUGACAGUGACGGGCGCGGAGAGCCGGAGCCGGACGGGUGAUCAGCCAUUAUGUCUUCAAGUAACAUGAGCUUGCUUCCUGCACUUGGCCAAGAAGAUGACCAAACCUCUAAACUUAUUCGAAAAUCCAAGGAGUCCCCUUUUGUUCCCAUUGGUAUUGCUGGCUUUGCAUCAGUGGUAGCCUAUGGACUCUUCAAACUGAAGUCCAGAGGGAACAAAAAAAUGUCAGUACACCUAAUCCACAUGCGUGUGGCAGCCCAAGGAUGUGUGGUGGGAGCAAUGACUUUGGGAGUUCUCUACUCGAUGUACAAAGAGUAUUUUGUGAAACCCAGAGAAGAGAAAACUGCUUUCCUUCACAAAUGAAUUGGGAUUUCUACAGUAUCUCUAAGAAUUUAAUUUUGGGCUUUUAAGUAUACCUCAAACUGAGGAUGUUAGAAUUAUUCUUGUUUUAAAUAUCUGAAGAAUACUUGCACUAAGUUUAGAUUUGAUUUGUUCUGCAAGUUUACUGAUCUUACUACCUACAAAUGGUAGGUAAUUUUCCCUGGGGUGAUUAUUGCUAUACACAGUAAAGUGUCAUAAUUUUACCAAAUGUAUAUAUUUACAAACAAAACAUGGUUUUAAUAUGUCCUUUGCAAUAGUUAUACUUGAGAAGCCUUUGUCAAAAAGAACUGAUUAAUUUUUUGGCCAGAUAUGAUUGGACCUUAAAGUUUAGGGCUUCAGGCUGGUCUUUCAUCUUGGCUUUAAGUUGCUAUCUGGGCAACUAUCCCUACUUUUCAUUAAUUAUAUUGAUUGUAAUGUACUUUGGAUCACAUUGCUUAUUUACAGUUCAGAUUCUCUUGAAAAUGUUUGUUGUGGAAUGAGAUUUUUGAAUAUUGAGGAAGUCAGAAAAUGUAUCCAGAACCACUUUUAAACCAGAGUAUUAUAUUUUUUGAAUUACUUCCCUUGUAACAUCAACGGUAUGAGAAUAACUUGCGGCAGCAAUGCCCUGGUGUGGCAAGUUUAAGUUUGCAGUAUCUGGAUCGAUAAGCUGCUGUUUCUCCAACAUGAAGCUGCCCACUUCUAAUUUUGGUGUUUUAACUUCAAAGCAUUCUGCUUAUUUAUGUUGCUGGUUGGGCAACAUGAAUAGGCUGUGCUCAUCCAUAACUGUCAUAGAUCAUACUGGUUAGUGGGCUGGUGAUCUUGUGUAGUUCAAGAACACACUGCCUUCUUUAUCAAUAUACUUUACAUUGAAACAAUAGAUUUCAUAUCUUGACAUUUGCAAAAUUUCUGAAAAUGCCUAGUUGUUUGCAUUACGAUCUGUAUAGGCAAGGUGGGUUAACAAAUGGGAGUAGUCUUGCAUUUCUUCUUUACAUUAACUUCAGUCAUGUAUUUGCACAUUUCGAACUGUUUUGCUUAAAUUCCAGUUGAUUGAGAGUUAUUUUCAUUCUUUGUUUUUAUUUACAUAAUUUUUGGAAAGUUCUGAACUCCAGUACAUUCUAAAUUCUGUGGCUCUUGAUCUCAAGAAGGCCAAAUACACUUUAAAUUGCACAUAUCUUUUGAAUGGAAAAUGGUACAAGAAUUGGCAUUUUACUUCUACAUUGAAGCAGUGCUUUGUGUUAAACAUUGUAACUAUGCUAGCUAGAUUUUUAACAUCAACUGUGGGGGAAAACUUCAUGUGCCUAGAUUGAAUUUGAGUACUAAAUAUGUGAAUACUGUAAGUGUAUGGAAGUGACAAUUAUAAAUCAGUUUUUAGAAAUGUUUUUCAGUGUAAUGCGUAUUAAAGCAGUGGUUAUCACACAAGAUGAGAAGCUUCAAUCUAAAAUGUCAGCACAAUUGCAGUGGUAUUUUACUCCCAUUGUAAGUUUGUGUGAAUGGCUACCUCUUUUUUAAUAAUGUAAAUUAAAGAUGAAUUGUAGAUUUAUUGCAGCAGAAAUCUUGUUCUUAAAAUGCCUCAUUUAAUGUUGUAUUUUACUUAUUUAUACAUUAUAAAAUCUCCCAAGUGAAACUAGUUGAAACAAGUAGUGAAAUAAAAGUACAUCUUACUGUC